CUUCCUGUGGUGCGGAGGCGCGGCCCAGUGAUUCGCUGCACCCCUUCCAGUGGGAGAAGAUGGCCCUGGAGACGGUGCCGAAGGAUCUGCGGCAUCUGCGGGCUUGUUUGUUGUGUUCACUGGUCAAGACCAUAGACCAGUUUGAAUAUGACGGCUGUGACAAUUGUGAUGCGUACCUUCAGAUGAAGGGAAACCGAGAGAUGGUCUAUGACUGCACUAGCUCUUCCUUUGAUGGCAUCAUAGCAAUGAUGAGUCCAGAGGACAGCUGGGUCUCCAAGUGGCAGCGAGUCAGCAACUUUAAGCCAGGUGUAUACGCCGUGUCUGUUACUGGUCGCCUGCCCCAAGGAAUUGUGCGGGAGCUAAAAAGUCGAGGAGUGGCCUACAAAUCCAGAGACACCGCUAUAAAGACCUAGGAAGAUGGAUGGCUGCCAGCAUCUUUGCUUCCCACCUUCUGCCUCUGCUUAUUUUUGUUGUGGAACUAACCAGGCAGAAUUUCAGCCUCUUAAUUGAGACAGCAAACUCAGGAGAACAACACAGCCCGUUCCUGGGUCAUUUUGCAUUUGGACUAUGGGGGGGUGGGGCACCAGUUUGGGUGAUUGUAUCAACAGACUGAAUUGAGUGGAGAGUAGGAUGCUGGUUUUCCUACACAUAGCCCAGGGCUGAGCCCUUGUUCCAUGGGCAAGACUCUGUCAACUGCCAAUAAACAUGAACCCCUAGGAAGGUU